AUUCUCGAUCCAGUUCUCGUUGCUAAGCUUCAAACAGUUAAACGCGUGGUUUUUGGAUCAUAUAAUUAUUACAACGCCGAAAUGAUUGCGAUCCCUUAUUUAACAGCGUUAACCACGUACUUCAGCUAUGGCUUGCUUUUCGUCUUCGGCCAAGUCAGAGAUGUCUUCCGCAAAUUCAUCGACUGGUGGAGUUCUAGCAAUUUGCAGGGUUAUGCUCCAAUCUGUUUAGGACUUGAAGAUUUUUAUAUUCGUCGGCUGUAUCUUCGUAUUCAGGACUGUUUCAAUAGACCUAUAGCAAGUGCUCCUGAUGCUUGGUUUGAUGUGGUCGAACGUUUCUCCAAUGACUACAACAAGACACUCAAACUAACCACAAAAACCAGUAGAUGCCUUAACUUGGGAUCUUACAAUUACCUUGGCUUUGCUGCAUCCGAUGAAUACUGCACGCCUCGUGCUAUCCAGACAUUGAAAAAAUAUUCUCCCAGUACCUGUAGUAGCCGUGUUGACGGCGGCACCACAGUUUUGCAUAAUGAACUGGAGAAGCGUGUGGCAAGUUUUGUUGGGAAACCUGCUGCUAUAGUUUUUGGAAUGGGCUAUGUCACAAACUCUGCUAUCCUUCCAGUCUUGAUGGGGAAGGGACGCUUGAUUGUUAGUGAUUCCUUGAACCACAACUCCAUUGUCAAUGGUGCACGAGGAUCUGGAGCUAGUAUUUGCGUUUUCCAACACAAUACUCCUUCUCAUUUGGAGGAAGUUUUGAGAGAACAAAUCGCAGAGGGGCAACCUAGGACCCGCAGACCCUGGAAGAAGAUAAUUGUAAUUGUGGAGGGAAUAUACAGCAUGGAAGGGGAGCUUUGCAAACUUCCUGAGAUUAUAGCCAUCUGCAAGAAAUAUAAGGCAUAUACAUAUUUGGAUGAGGCCCACAGCAUUGGAGCAGUAGGGAAAACAGGUAGAGGUGUUUGUGAGCUCUUGGGAGUAGAUACAGCUGAUGUAGAUAUCAUGAUGGGAACAUUUACCAAAUCAUUUGGAUCAUGUGGGGGAUAUAUAGCAGGAUCCGAGGAGCUUAUCCAAUACUUGAAGUACACUUGCCCUGCUCAUCUUUAUGCAACUUCAAUAUCACCACCUGCUGCAGAACAAAUAAUAUCUGCUAUAAAGGUCAUUCUUGGAGAGGAUGGUUCCAAUAGAGGUGCCCAAAAACUUGCACGAAUACGUGAGAAUAGCAACUUUUUCAGGUCAGAACUACAGAAAAUGGGAUUUGAGGUUUUGGGGGAUAACGACUCUCCAGUAAUGCCAAUUAUGCUUUACAACCCAGCCAAAAUUCCUGCCUUCUCACGGGAGUGCCUCAAGCAGAAUGUAGCUGUUGUGACAGUAGCAUUUCCAGCAACCCCGCUGCUAUUGGCAAGGGCACGUAUAUGCAUAUCUGCUUCUCAUACAAGGGAAGACCUGCUCAAAGCGUUGGAGGUAUUUGGCAGGGUUGGGGAUCUGGUGGGUAUAAAAUACUUCCCGGCAGAACCAAAGAAGCUGCAGGAAGAAGAAAGGUUGCUCAAGUUGGAGUGAUUAAGAAUUAAUUAAAAAAGUGGAGGAGGCUGGACUCUUGAGUGUAGGAUAAAUGAUGUCGUAGUAUGUCUGUCUGUCUGUAGUUUGUGAUUUAAACUUGCGGUGGUGGUAUACUAGUAUCAUUAUCAUAUCAUCUGCCCUAAGCUAAGCUGUAAUAUGUCGUGUUCUCUAGUCUAUACCAAGUAACUUCCAAGGUCUGUUCUGUACCCUUGCUUGUUUCCAUGUAAUACCCCGUUUUUGUUCAUACAUGUCUCGGGUGGCUGGGGAGGGACGGUAUUUCACUCAUCUUUUUUCUUUU